CGACGCUAUCAAUUGUCAUGGUUACCACUUGCAAACACAAAACCAACACUGUCUCUUUAAUCCUACUAAAGAUAAAUAAAUCGUAUUUUGACGAUGGAUUGGGCUUCGGAUUUAGAAAUUACAUCGAAGAAGCUUAUUCCUAGACUGGGCAGAAGAGCAGGCCAAAAUAUUACGCAGGAAGACUCAAAAUCGGACGAGGAUUUGUUAAACAGUCCUACGUCAUUAUCCUCAGGACGCUCAACGCAGCCACCUGUGGCGCCACCUCGUACCAGAAAAACUGGUUGGGGUGACGAUUUGAAAAGUGGCAAGACAAAAGCUUCUUCUAACAUCAUCGAACAAUUAUUCCUUAGGGACCGAUUUCGAUCAAUGGGAAAAGAGAAUCAAGAAGAUGAUAUUCCCGUGAUUCCGGAUUUAGAUGAAAUUCAAGAGGACAAUGUUCUUUCAGAUCUUUCUAAUGCACCUGUGAUUGACACGAACAGAGUCACGGCUUAUAAAGAGUUGGAUACGGAUUUAAUUAAAAACGAAGCAUUUACAUCGUUAGAUGGGAUCAGUCUUUUCCCUCUUACAGAAAAAUUGUAUAAUGAAAAUAUAGUGAAGGAACCCGACGAAGCUUGGAAUUGGAAUCUUCUGUUCACGCAAGUCGCAUCGGAGAUAAAUAACGAGAUCCAGAAAAAAUUAAAUGUUUAAAUACAAAUAUGUAAACAUAAUUGUAUAAAUUAUUUUUUAUACAUGAAAUAUAAUAAAAUUUGUUUCUUACUAUA